UAUGAACUGUAAAUGUUUUAGCUAUUUAAAAUGUCUCACAGAACGAUAGAGCAGUUUGAAUUUUCUACCAAUUAUGCAUCAGUUUUUUCUUCUUUCAUCUGUUUGGAAAUGUAAACAGCACUUCCAGACCUUCAGCCUAGUGAGCAGUGAACUUAGGUGUAACACAUGCAGACGGAAGUGUUUUCAGACGGGACAUUUCUCAAUGCGCUCGCACAGGAUUCAGACGCCAAGCUUUUGAUCGAGGAUAGCAGUGAAAAUGAAGGCAUAUUUGAGUAUUUUUCUGCUGAGCGCUGCUCUCACGGCCUACAUGUGGCGAGAUACGUUUGAUCCAGAAUCAGUUCGGGGGACCCGAGUGUUGAUCACAGGGGCCAGUUCAGGGAUCGGGGAGCAGAUGGCCUACCAUUACUCAAAGUUUGGAGCUCAGAUCAUCAUCACUGCGAGACGAUUAGAGGCUUUAAAAAAGGUGGCACAGAAGUGUGUGAAACUGGGUGCAAAGAAGAUUAUGUACAUGACCGGAGACAUGUCUGACCCCGCUGACCCCGAGAGAGUUGUCAAAUAUGCUGUGGAAAAACUGGGUGGACUGGACUUUCUAGUGUUGAAUCAUGUUGGAAACACCAACGUUGAGUUGUGGAACAGAGACGCAGACCACGUCAGGUCAAUCAUGCAGGUGAAUUUUGUGAGUUACGUGCAGAUGACCGGAGCAGCACUUCCUGUGCUGGAAAAAUCUGCCGGCUCCAUCAUUGUAAUUUCCUCAUUGGCAGGUAAGUUGGCGAGUCCACUUGUGGCUCCGUACACCUCUACUAAGUUUGCGAUGAACGGAUUCUUCGGAGCACUGCAGAGUGAACUGGCAAUCCAGAAGAGCAAUGUGUCUGUGUCCAUCAUGAUCCUCGGAAUGAUCGACACAGAGUCGGCUAUGAAUAAGCUCAGAGGACACAACACGUUCACCGCCUAUCCUGCCAGUGAAGCUGCUCUGAGCAUCAUCAAAGCCGGGGCGACCCGUCAGAAAGAGGCCUUCUACCCCUGGUUCCACUAUUUCACCUGCCUGAUUAACAACAUCUUCCCCUUUGUGAAAGAUCUUAUGCUGGUAGGCCUUAGCACGGAGAAAAAGGACUAAAAUGUGUGUAAUUCAGAGUUUCAGACAUUAACAGGAUUUUUUUUAUUAUUUUGUGAGAACAUAUGUAUUGUGACGAGUGCUCUUGAGUCAACUUUUGCCUAGGGUUGGUUAGGAAAUAAAGGACAACAGGCCAUUCUUCAUAUC